AUGUCCAGUGAUGGCUCUAUUGUCGGUCAUCCCCGAUUCCACGAUCUUACACAAUUACUCGACAAAGCGGUCUCCAAACUCCUUCUCCGGCCAACUCCAUCAGAUGUCACAUUAGACUCUAUCUGUGUGCUUCUACUCUAUGCCCAAUGGAUGCCGUGCAGCAAAGAAGAUGAUGAAGAUGAGAAUGUUGAGUGCCAAAGUACCUAUCACGAACCUAAGGCUAAAAGUCGAUACAACGAGAUCAGUGCUUGGGUUGUCUUAGGCCUAGCAGAACGAUACUCUGUCCUGCUGGGCCUCGAACAAUCAGCCACAUCACUUUUUAAAACCCCCAACAAGGUACCAUCCAUAGAGGAUGUGAAGAGGCUACGAGUGUGGUACAACCUGCUCACAUGCAACUUCAACCUUAUGCUAACAUCUGGUCUGCCUACAUCAAUUGAUCCUAGUCCAUCAGUUCAGGUAGCGUGGAGGUUUGUCUCUCAUGAGUUGAUGCAGUCCCCUGCGGAUCUUCGAGUAAGGGGACUUGUGGAACUUGUCGGGAUAGUCCACCUUGCUAUGUCUAGUUCUGGGGAUAAAUCUGGCCGCCAAUUGCAGCCGAGUUGCUUGGAACGGCUGAACAGUGAUUUAGAUGAUUGGGAGAGAGGAAACCGAAUCCCAUUACAACCAUUUGCCAUUCACUUCGGCCCGGAUUCAAGUGAAUCACGUUUCCGACAGGCACUUUCAGUUAGCUUGACCGCAGCAGCACAAAUCAUAUUAGCACAAUCCACCUUCAAGGCAGAUACUGUCUUCUCACUAGAUUCGCAGGAACUCUCUAGCUUUCCUGACGAGUCAUACAAUGUGGACCAAAGCCUACAAAUUUGUAGCCAAGGGUCUAGUCAGGAGGAAGGGAAAAUCUUGACACGCCUUCCCUCCUCUUCUUGUUCAGUUCUCGCUCGACUCCUUCGUCUUGCGAUAGAAAUCUUUGACAGUGUUUCUCCGGCCACGACAUUCCAUUUUGCCCACGACUUCCAAGCCAUUGUUCACUAUGCAGUUGCUUUGGUACUAGUCUCUGAAAAGGACAAGCAGCAUAUUGAGGAAAAGGAGAUCGAUGAUAUGGCAUUCCAGUCUCUGUUAGAUUUGAUGAAUGAUUCGGGUGUUGACUGGGCAGGGAAUCUUUUCGGAGAGUCGCUUGAUUUCCCGGAGUUGAACAUGGAUGGAAUGCUUGAUAAUUGA